CCUCGGCGGCGCGCGUGGGGCAGCGGCCGGGGCCGGGGCGCAGACGCUGUGGGCUCCCGGGGCUCGGGAGCGCCCGCGGGCCCGUCUCCCCGGACCCGCGGAGUGGCCUUUGGAUCUCACAGGCGCGCACACCGGGCAGGCCUGACCGUCAGGCCGGCCAGGAUGCCCGUCAUGGUGGACGACAUCAUGAAGCUGUUGUGCACCCUCUCUGAGAAGAGGAAAAUGCAAGCAGCUGUCAAGCACUCGGGCAAGGGCGCCCUGGUCACGGGAGCUGUGGCCUUCGUGGGCGGCCUGGUAGGUGGCCCACCAGGACUUGCUGUCGGUGGGGCUGUCGGGGGCCUGCUAGGUGCCUGGAUGACGAGUGGACAGUUCCAGCCCGUCCCUCAGAUCCUGAUGGAGCUGCCCCCGGCCGAGCAGCAGAAGCUCUUUAAUGAAGCCGUUGCUAUCAUCCAGCACCUGGACUGGACAGACGCCGUUCAGCUCACCACGCUGGUCCUGGGCAGCGAGGCCCUGCAGCAGCAGCUGCUGGCUGUGCUGGUAGGCUACAUCACCAAGGAGCUGAAGGCCCAGAUCCGCUAUGACGACUAGGCCACCCUGCCUAGUGACUCAGAGGGGCUGGGGGCCAGGGGAGGCGCAGCGUGUCCUCUGCCUGGAGUGGCGUCUCCCGCCUGAGAAGAUACUUCUAUGCUGUGACAUAUUCCAGAAAUUAUUUCCCAGUGUG